AUGGAUAAGAUUAGCGUUGAUCUGAGCGGAUUAUCCGCCGAGGAAAUACUCAAGAUCAACUCGGUCCUGGAGAGGAAUGAGAAAGUCCGGCGACAGGAGAGCCAAAGAUGCAGACAGAUUAAAUUUGCGACUUUUGCAAAUAAGAGGGACUUUCAAAGGAUUAGCAGGGCGACUGGAGACUGGUUCAGCACGUUGAAAAAAUCACGUGAAAGCGACAAUUCCAUCGGCGGCUCUAAAUCGAGUUUGUGGAGCGGCGGUCUGGCCUCAUCGAUUCCGAAUCCCUUGUAUCACAAUUCGCUGAACAAAGCCAACUCGACAGUCCCAGAUAAUUAUCCAGUUCCAACGCCGAGAGCGAGUCCCCGGCAAAAUCCACCUUCAGCGGAGUUGAAUUCUCCUGGCGCCUCUAUUAUCGGAAGAAUUCGGGAACUGGAGGUCAAGAGAAAGGGUAAUUUCAAAAAAGAAGAUCAGAAGAGAAAUCAACGAACAAACCUAGCGUCAGAGAGGCCAAAAUCUGAGCCGUACAAGCUGAAUGGUUAUUCAAAGUUGAGCUCUUCUGAAUCAACAAGGCCGUCUUCAAACAACACAAAAAUCGUCAGUGACAAUUCUGAUCAGCGGCGACGAUCUGUACACUUCAACUCGGACGACAGCGGAAUGCCGCAAGAGUACACCGAUACGCCCCUGGAGACCCCCUCUGACAGAGGACUGCUCCAGGCUCAAUCAGAUCUCGGCGAAAUCAUUACAGAACUCGACGAAAAAUUAUCACAAGGUCGCCCACUUCCUCCUCCUCGGCCAAGUUUGGAGCGCAGAACUCCUGAAAAUUCGAAAUCUCGUCGACCCUCCUCCUCCGUUAAAAGUAGAAAAGCGUCAAGGACGCCGCAGAUUGAAGCGUCUCUGAUCGAAGAAGACCACAGAACUAAACGGCAAACACCACUAGUGAAGGAAAAUGACACUCGAGAGGGCAGUUCAUCACAAUUCGAUGAAGGGGAACAACGGCGUACAGAAGAAGCGACAUCAGCAGAACCUGCUUUUGCUCAGUCAUGCUCAAGCGCCCUGACAUUGUCGUACCGAGGGACUAUUCGAUUCGCGCUCAGAUACAAUCCAGAUGAAAAGACACUCGAAGCCGUAGCAGUCAGUGGUGAAAAUCUGGCUGUUUCCGCGACCUGGCCGUAUGUAAAAGUCCACAUAUUCCCCGGCAUCCGAGGCAAACAAAAAGGCCCCGCCCAGAAUAAACCGUCAGCGCUGAACCCAGAAUUCAAUCAUUUAUUCACCUUUAACUCAAUGCGAAAGUCAAUAAUGGCCGAGUCUGGCAUACACAUUAGUUGCUUCAACUCUGAAAGUAUACGUGGCGACCGGCUGAUAGGAAACUGUAGGAUAGGGCCUCACUGUUGUUUGCCUUUGGAAGAAUUGCCGACGGGCCCAAGGCCGGAGAAUCUUAUUUGGACGCAGAUUCAAGAAGGUCCGAAUAAAUGGCAUUAUAUCAACUUGGAAAUGAACCUCAACAAAUACACCGAUGUUAUCCCCAAUGGAUAA